CCGGGGUUUGGGGGGGCCCGGGGGCCCCCGGGCCCCCCCGGCACCCAGGGGCCGGGGGGGGGCCCCCGGGGGGGGAGGGGCCCCCGGGGGCCCGGGCCCCCGGGGGCCGGGGGGGGCCCCCCCGGGGGGGGGGGCCCCCCCGGGCCCCGGGGCCCGGGGCCCCCCCCCGCCCGG